UGACAUAUCCUUCAUCUAGAGUGUGUGUGUGAGAGAGGGGAGAGAGGGGGAGAGAGAGGGGGAGAGUGUGUGUGUCUUUGUGUGAGGGAGAAUAGAAAGAGAGAGUGUGUUUGUGUCCGUGUGAGGAAGUUUUUGAAUUUUGACUGUGAUUGUUAUACACAGGCUCUGUGUGUCUUCUACCGGUAAAUGUCGAAUACUUUGUGGGUUUUUCAAACACGGGCUUCUUCUACCCCUUCUUCUAGGUUGAAGAUUCUUCUACAUAUAUUUUCCUCCGUUCCUUUAAUGACUUCGACCGUUUGAUGUCUGUUUCUUCGUCACGAAACGAAAAUGAGCUCUUGUUAUUUUUUUUAAUCUUAGAAACUGUUUUCUGGGUCACUGUGUUUGGAAAGUGAGUGACUGUCAGAAGGAGUGUUUGAAGAUCCAGCUGUUGUUCGAUUGCAGAUUUUAGAAGGAUUACUUGUUUCUAUUUUGGUUAGUGUGUGUGUGUGUGUGUGUGUGUGUGUGUGUGAGAGAGAGAGAGAGAGAGAGAGAGAGAGAGAGAGAGAGAGAGAGAGAGAGAGAGAGAGGUUUGUUGGUCACGUUAUGGUGGUUUGCUGAUUUUUACAAACAAGCAUUUCUUAGUUACAGUUUUCAGAGAGAGAGAGGUUUGACGAUGAAGCUAUAGUGGGUUGCUUUCUAUGUUAAAGGGACAAGUUUCUUAGUUUCUGAGUCUUAAAGAUCCAUUUGACGCAGGGUGAUAGUGAGAGUGGCACAGUUUGGUGGCUGUUAAUAGUCGAAGAACCCCAAAAGUUCAGGAGAUUGAAGACAAUUUGAGUUUACAGGCCUUAAAGUUCUCCGGUUCUCUUAAUUCCAUUCGUCACGGCUCUGUCAACAAAUUUGAUCGAUAACAGGCUUUGAGAUCAUGGGGGAAGAAAGUAUAGCUGACAGCCAGUCAGCUGAAGACUGGUUAUCUCAUGCACAAGAACUUGUUCCAGUGGCACUUAAUAAGGCUAGGGAAGUGAAAGGGUUCCCUGGUAGGUGGAAGAUGAUAAUGUCAAAACUGGAGCAGAUCCCAGCAUGUUUAUUGGAUUUGUCAACUCACCCUUGCUUCUCAAAGAACGCACUUUGCAAGGAACAAUUGCAUGCCAUGUUGAAGACGUUGAAGGGAGCGAUUGAAUUAGCUGACUUAUGUGUAGGGGAGAAGUAUGAGGGGAAGCUUAGGAUGCAGAGCGACUUGGAUGCUUUGUCAGGGAAGUUGGACUUAAAUUUGAGGGAUUGUUGCCUUUUGAUCAAGACUGGAGUGCUUGGUGAGGCUACUUUGCCUUCAUCUGUAGCUGUGUCAUCAGCUGAGCCAGAGGCUACAACCCAUAGCAAUAUUAGGGAGCUACUGGCACGACUUCAGAUCGGGCACUUGGAAGCGAAACACAGAGCACUUGACAGCCUUUUUGAGGUAAUGAAAGAGGAAGAGAAGAAUGGAUUGGCUGUUUUUGGCCGGAGCAAUAUUGCUGCUUUAGUUCAAUUGCUUACAGCAACAUCUCCUCGUAUCCGGGAGAAGACAGUCACUGUGAUUUGCUCGCUAGCAGAAUCUGGGAGUUGUGAGAAUUGGCUUAUCUCAGAAGGAGUUCUGCCCCCUCUGAUUAGGCUUGUUGAGUCAGGUAGCUCAGUGGGCAAAGAGAAGGCUACAAUUUCUCUUCAGAGAUUGUCUAUGUCAACAGAAACAGCUCGUGCAAUUGUUGGGCAUGGUGGGGUGCAUCCACUCAUUGAGAUCUGUUGGACUGGUGAUUCUGUUUCACAGGCUGCCGCUGCUUGUACUUUGAAGAACAUAUCGGCUGUCCCAGAUGUGAGACAAACUCUAGCCGAAGAAGGGAUUAUAAGGGUUAUGAUCAAUCUUCUCGAUUGUGGAAUUUUAUUGGGUUCCAAAGAAUAUGCAGCAGAGUGCUUGCAGAAUCUCACUGCCAGCAAUGACAAUCUAAAGAGGUCUGUUGUUUCAGAAGGUGGUCUUCGGAGCCUGUUGAUUUAUCUUGAUGGUCCACUCCCCCAAGAGUCCGCAGUUGGGGCAUUAAGGAAUUUGGUUGCCUCGGUUUCUGUGGAGAUUUUGAUUUCUCUUGGCUUGCUUCCCCGAUUAGUUCAUGUGCUUAAAUGUGGAUCGUUAGGCGCACAACAAGCUGCUGCAUCGGCAAUUUGUCGGGUUUGCACCUCAACGGAGAUGAAGAGACUUGUAGGUGAAGCCGGGUGCAUUCCUCUACUUGUCAAGAUGCUUGAGGCUAAAUCAAACCGUGUUAGCGAGGUUGCUGCGCAAGCAAUGUCAUGCUUGAUGAUCCUUUCUCAGAAUUGUAGAGAAGUUAAGAGGGAUGAUAAGAGUGUGCCGAAUCUGGUGCAACUGCUCGACCCAAGUCCACAGAACACUGCAAAAAAGUAUGCAGUUUCCUGCCUUGCAUCUAUAUCUUCCAGUAAAAAAUGCAAGAAACUGAUGAUCUCAUAUGGAGCAAUUGGAUAUCUCAAAAAGCUCACAGAAAUGGACUUCCCCGGAGCUAAGAAGCUUCUGGAGCGAUUGGAAAGAGGAAAACUAAAGAAUUUGUUUAGCAGAAAAUAGAGAAAAUUGCAACUGUCUUUUGUAUAAUAAUGUUCUCCUUUUUCUUGUUAGUGUUUAUAAUCGUUGUUUCAUUGUCUAUAUGAAACGAAGUAGUUGAUGAUAUGAACCAAAUGCACAAGCUUUGUUCUAAUCUAUGCAAUCAAUGUUCUAUUAUUGUUUAUAA